GCCAUCCUCAGACAUGAGAGCAAAGGCAACGGCCGCGAGGGGAUCCCUGCCGGUGCAGUUGUACCUGUUCUUUUGACACUGCAAAAGUUUACAGAAAUUCUGAGGGAAGUGGUGGAAGGGCGGAUCGUGAACCUGAAGACCGGGUGCCUUUCCGGGUUCUGGACACUGCAAUCCUAUGUCGAGCCGCGCUACGGGCUGCGGUUCUUGAGCACAUACACAUGUGAUGCCCAUCUCGAGGAAAGGCAUGAUACUUUUGCUCAGCCUUUCCAUAAGUGCUACUCGCUUGAAGGCGCGUCGCAUGAGUUGCCGCAAGAUGAAGCCAGCUCUUCAAAGAAGUUCCGACUUGAUGCACCUCAAAGGGAUGCCAUCGAGUCCAAGGCCUUGGGAAUUGUGCGCUUUGCGCACCGAUAUCACAAGUUGGACCUGGAAGGGAUCCUCUUGGAGUUCGUUGUCGACAACAGUGGCAGGCUCACUCUGCACGGCUGUUGGUCCGCCUCUAUCUGCAACGCACGGGACUCUAGAAGGUUUCGAUCUGCAUGGCCUGAAAAGCAGGGCCGCGUGCGGGAGAUACCCAAGACCUUCAGCGUCCCACGGUUGGAAGAGAACUUUGAGAUGGAUUUCGAGGAUGCCGAAAUGCGGCCGGGUCCCAUCUCCAGCUCUAAGAAGACCUCCGAUGCAUUUGUUCCAGAUUCAGAGCCAAAAAGAAGAGCUCCACCGCCGAUGCUCCUGGAAUUCUGGCAGGGCGACAACUUUCUUGGGGAGGCCGCCUUCGAGCGUCAGGGCUCUGCCACUGCCCGUUCGGCUGAACUCCGCAUCCUGAAAGUUUUGCCCCUGGGGCAUGAGCCGCCUUUGAGGUCAGAUGGGCGCAAGCUGCUAGCAGAAGCAACACAGGAAGCUACUGCUGUAGUCUCCUUGAGGCCUGGCGAAGGGGCUUUAAGCCGCGACCUCUUCAACUUUAAGCUUGGAAGAGCCGAGGGCCUACCUGUCCCAGACCAAGAAGGUAAGGUGCACGCGGUCUUGUGGACAUGGCAGAGUGACGCAUACCGAGCGGUUUGGAGCUCCUCUGAUUCGGAAGCAGUCGAAGAGUUCGUGGAUGGGCGCUGGGCCACGGUUCACGUGUGGAAUGGAGAGUCCGUUGAUCUGCCUUUGCCUGUGAGGGCAGCUGACAGCCCGGACAGGGAGCAACCUCCCAGGCAGAGGCCCUCUCCUAGAGCUUCGCCAAGACAGUCGCCGAAGUCCAUGGUGGAUGAGGGGCUGAAGUCCUACGACCACGUCUGCGGAGCAGAGUUGGCGGCGCAUUGGGGGAUGAGCGAGGAUGGCCUGCAUGGGAGUGUCCUGGCUUCCCAGAUCUGGCAGCGCAUGAGGCUAGACCGAAGCAAUCGCUCCGGCUUGCUGAAGCGGCUGGCACAGCAGGUUGUCAGUUUCCACAACAUGCAGCGCCAGUGGGAAAUCUUCCUCGAGACUACGAAGGAGAAGCACGAGGAAGCUUGCGCAGAUCUCGCGAAGCAGGAGAAGGCCCUGCAAGAAGCGCAUGAGCAGCGCAAGGAAGCCAUCGAGGCCCAUAAGAAGAGAAUGGCCGCAGCAUGCCGUAGGAUGCUGAAGGAGUUUGAUGAGUACCAGGCCCGCGAAAGCGCAGAAGCCGCAGCGUUGGCCGAAUCUCAACACAGAGUUUCAGAGCAGCAAGUCAGAUUAGCUGACCUCACCGAGAGGAGUACACACUUUGAAGAAUCACUGAACCGGGUGAGACGCAAAGUGGAUGACCUUCUGGCUGAAGAAGUUAGGCUGCGACAACAACUGGAUGAGAUGCGCUCGCAGCAUCUGGCCUCGAGGCAAGCAAGCAUGCGGACAGCAUCAGAUGAUCUUGCGGACUUAGCCGCAAUCAAGGCUGAUCUGUCACGAAGACGUAGAGCGGCCCAGAAUGAGCACAAGCACAUCUUAAAGAUGGAAGACUUCGUUCGAAAGGUCGCCAACCAAGAUAACAAAACCCUCCGAACAGGUGGGGGAUUUGUGCUGAACAGCAUGGCAAAAGCCGAAGCAAAAUCGCUAGUGCAAGAAUUAUUCUUGGAGUGA